UGUCAACUCUUUGAUCAGUACACAAGACGUUUGUAGAACUGAUUUGUGUGGUAUUUUCUUUAAUUAGAGCGAAUUAGAGGCUUGAAAAGCAUAAAAAUUAAUGUGUUCGCUAUAAUGUUGUCGUUAGUUGCGUAAAAAGUGUGUCUAAUAAUAGAAAUGUCGAGAAAUUCGCAAGGUCAAAACUAGUUGGACAAAUCAACAUGACUUCAUUCAUCUCCAGAGUGCAGUUGCAGUGAAAUCCGUUUUUAGUGCUAUGGCAGACAGCAAAUUAACAACCCCCCGUGCUGAUACCACUAGUCCGCCCCCACACUGCGCUAUCUGCUUGGGGACGUGCAAAAACAAAUGUCGGGCUAAUUCCUGCAUGCACGAAUUUUGCUACAGUUGUUUAUUGGAGUGGUCUAGAAUUAAAGCGGAAUGUCCUUUGUGCAAACAAGAGUUCAAAUCCAUCCUCCACAACAUCAAAUCUCUCAACGAAUACGAUGUCCACAUCGUGGAGAACAUCACAGUAGAAAACAAUCGUUACCUCGAGAAUGCCUCCUUGAUCUACUUACCCCCUGCCACGCCUCCGAUGCAUCAGUACCACUUUCGAACAACAUUUACCGUGGAUACAAACGGAGAACAUGCGAUACAACAAAUGUUGCUCAGUCAUCCGUUACUCACCAUCGGAGGUUUUACCCCCGACAGGUAUACAAAUCACAGGAGACGAAGAGGUGACACCUCCACGUCCUUCAGAAGAUCGGUGUAUACCGAUAAUUUAUGGGUCUAUGCUCCACCAGACAUAACCGGAAGGUAUAGAGAUGUAUCACCGUCGUACUACAGACAUAAUCCAGCUGCGAGAACGCGUCUAGUGCCCUGGUUGAAUCGCGAACUUAACGCCCUCUUGUAUGAAAACACGCAGCAAGUAAUGCAUUUGGUGGACAUCAUCAUGGAUCACCUUCUACGUCACCAUAUAUGCAGCUAUAUGUUCCGUUCCCUCUUAUACGAUUACUUAGGAAAUAAAACUGACCAUUUCAUACACGAAUUUUACAAUUUUAUGCGAUCUCCUUUUGAUAUGGUUGGCUAUGACCGCCAUGUGAUAUACACUGAGCGUCAACACUCAUCUCCAAUCCGAUUUGUUGAUGAAAUCGAUGUUUCGGAUUAUGAUAGUGACGUGAUUUUGGUUAGCGACACGAACAACAAUCAAGGGGCCCAAGCAUCAGAUCCAGUCAUUAUAGACCUCGUUGAGACUGAUUCAGACGAACCAAUUAUAGUUUCAGAAGAACGAAACGAGACAAGGUGUUGUGAAGAAGAGCUAAAUCGGCAACCAAUUCUUCCAUUAAAACUCAGAAUCAAGAAUAGACACAAGUCAAAGGAGAAAAGAUCUAAGAGUAAGAAACGUCACAGGCAACCGUCAACGACGUCUUCGCCAAGUAGUACUACCAGCAGUUCGGAAGACAGCUCUUCAGACUCUGACUGUGAUUACAAAAGGUAUCAUAAAAGAUAUUUGAAGAAAAUGAAGAAAGAAAAGAAGAAACGAAAAGAAAGGAAUAACAGUUCCGACAACGAGGAUGAUAUUCCCUUGGCUAAUUUCACCAAAAAGAAAAAAGCAAAGCACAGUAAACACAAGUCGUACACUGUUGUCAACCCUAAAAAAGAAAAGAAACAUUCACAUAAACAUCAUCAAGAUCGAGGGAAUGAAGUAUGCGAUUCGACACAGAAUCCCACUGUAGACUCACAAAAUGCUGAAUGUCUUAUAAGUGAGGAUAAACAUGCAGACAGUACAAACAGUGAUGAAAGUUUUUAUAGUGAAUAUAAACCGUAUGUUAAAAGUAAAAUUAGAGACAUGAGGAGUGAAGAUCGGCACAAGGCGGGUCCGAGCAGCGGACGGCUGAGAAAUACACUUAAAAAAGAAGCGUCGACUAAUUUGUGGUACUCUAGGCCUUGUCCGUAUGAUUCCGAUAGUUCUGAUAAUUAAUAAAGCGUCAGAAACUGUUUAAAUCUGAUUUUUCUUCAAUUAUUUUAUAUGUAUAUUUAUAAUUCGAUUUACAACCAUUAUUUAAACCACUUUCAACAAGUCCAAGUUUACUGCUUUAUAAAUUCGCAUAUUCAGACUCGUGUAGUGUUGAGAGUGCUUUUUUGUUAUUUUAAUAAAAAUUACUUUAA